CUAUUGGUCAGGUGGAAUGUCGGUUCAGACAGCGAAGACGCACCAGGAUGCACGUGCUUCCCUGAUUGAACAUCAAGAUGGCAGCGUCCGUGUGUCGGUGUUACGAGCUGAUUGGCAGGAAUGCCAUGGCUCUCUGCACACGUUCUGUGGUCUCUGCUACAUGGAAAGGAGAUGCCUAUAGGUUACGCAGGAGCCCGGCUGCAGCUGCGCAGGUCCGGUAUUCUUCAGGACGGAAAGGUUUUUUGGGGGAGUUUGUUGAUAGUCUUCGACAGGAGUUCAGUAAGAACCAGGAGAUGAAGGAUAACAUCAAGAAGUUCAGGGAAGAGGCCAAGAAGCUGGAAGAGUCCGACGCCCUGCAGCAGGCCCGCAGGAAAUAUAAAUCUAUAGAGGCAGAGACGGUAAAGACUUCUGAGGUGUUUAAGAAGACMUUUGGCUCUCUGUCAGACACUGUCAAAGAGGGUCUAGAGGAGGUGACUCGUACGGAUAUAGGAAAGAAGAUCAAAGAAGGCGUGGAAGAGGCAGCGAGGACAGCCAUGCACUCUGCAGAGUCCGUGUCUAAGGGUGGAGAGAAACUGGGCCGGACCAGCGCCUUCAAGGCCAUCUCACAGGGCGUCGAGUCCAUGAAGAAGGAGAUAGACGUCGGGGACGCCGGCCCCUACAGAGCUCCUGCUCAGCUGAGGAUGAGAAGUGAUUUUUCAUUUAAAGGGGCAGACAGUGACAGCAGAGUGUUUGAGGCCAAUGAAGAAGCUCUGGGUGUGGUUCUGCAUAAGGAUUCAAAGUGGUACCAGCAGUGGAAGGACUUCAAGGACAAUAAUAUGGUCUUUAACCGAUUCUUUGAGAUGAAGAUGAAAUAUGAUGAAAGUGACAACGCUCUCAUCAGAGCAUCCAGAGCCAUGACUGACAGAGUUACCGACUUUUUAGGUGGCCUUUUCUCGAAGACAGAAAUGUCAGAAGUGCUGACAGAGAUCCUGAAGAUAGAUCCCAAGUUUGACAAGGACACUUUCCUCAAGCAGUGUGAGAAAGACUUCAUCCCAAACAUCCUGGAGGCUAUGGUCCGUGGAGAGCUGGAUGUGUUAAAGGACUGGUGCUAUGAAGCUACAUACAGACAGCUGGCUCAUCCCAUCCAGCAGGCCAAGGCUCUGGGCCUUCUCUUUCAGUCCAAAGUUCUCGACAUUGAUAACAUAGAUUUGGCGAUGGGUAAGCUGAUGGACCAGGGCCCGGUGCUGAUCAUUACCUUCCAGGCUCAGGUCGUCAUGGUGGUCCGCAGCCCAAAAGGAGACGUCGUGGAAGGCGAUCCGGAGAAAGUGAUGAGGAUGAUGCACGUGUGGGCCCUGUGUCGGGACCAGGAGGAGCUGAACCCCAACGCAGCCUGGAGGCUGUUGGACAUCUCYGCCUCCAGCACAGAGCAGAUCCUCUAAUAGGAGGUUACAGGGGACGCAGGUGAGCGUCUCCUCUGUUGGACAAACUGUAAAGGAGGGCAGAGGACACAAACGCUGGGCUUUAAUYGGCUCCGGAGCAGAGCAAAACCCCUUCUCCUCUGUGCCGACUUUCCAGAAGAUUCAUGUGCACAUGUACAUAGUURAUGCUCGAUCAUUCGCUGGAAUCUGCAUCCUGACUUGAACUUCGAUCUUGCUUGCUGUUCUUCACAGUGCUUGGAUGGACAGAGAUAUAAGUAAAGCACCUAAACCUUC